AUACAACAUGGACUUGAAAGCGGUUGUUGUUUCUGGCGAGGCUUCAGAAUCUGACGAUGACGUUGCGAGCAUUGUCACCGUAUGUUAUUUUUACAUUAUAUAAUUUACAUGUUGUAAAAAAAUACAUACAUAAAUUAUGAUAUCUCGUACAUAGGGUACGGGAUUCCCUUUUAUAAGGGCUCCUAAUUACCGUGGUACAAUUAUUUCUGGCGAAGCUCCAGAGUCUGACGAUGGUAAGGUCUUGCAUUUAAUAACAUUACUUAUUUACAACGAGAAUAAUAACAGUAGUAAUAUUUUUUCUGAUCUAAUCCAUUCGUUAGAUGGAACAAGUAUAAGCAGUGUUAGCGGAGCAGUCGAUGCCAUGACCUGCAUACCAGAAAUGAAAAUACCAAAAUCAAAAAAAUGUUCUAUAAAAUAUAAUAGUUUACUUCAUAAAAAAUUACACGAAUGCAAUGAAACAUUGGAUAAGGACAUUAUACAAUUAAUCGAUGGAACAAUUGGCAAUGCCACUCAAGAACUAUCAACUGUUAACAAACAAUUGCUAAAGAGUGAACUUAUUCUUCAAGAGGCUGUUUCUCAAUUACGUAGCGCCUGUGAUCGAUCGAAAGAUACUUCCAACGUGUUGUCUCAACUCAUAGAUGGAAAUAUUAUAUCCUCUAUUAAAACC